GCACUGGUUUCUUGCUGGCUCAGAUAGUGGACGAUUUUAACAAUAUAAGAAGCGAGGCUCAAUCGACUCCGAAUUUGGAUCAGGACAUCAGUGAAGAUUUCAGUGUUUUCAAAAGAAAUAUUUCGAAAAAUAGUGAACACUGCAAGGACAGUAAAAGAAAGCUCAGCUUUGCCAGCGAAGAACCUGCGGCGAGAGAGAAAGCAGCCAAGGCUAAGAGCAAGAAAGGGGUUAAUUCGCCGGUCGAAUGGAAGCCCGCCAGACGGGUAGCGAGAAUGAAGGAGUUUUUCGAGAACAAGAGCAGAAGCGCCGAAGAAUCCCGGAACAAUCAAACGUCGAGAACAUCCAGUUGCGCGAAAAAGUCAUUCAUACCGAAGUUGUCGAGUUCCUCGUCAAGAGUCUGCAGCAGCAGCACCAGGAUCGCACCAAAGUUGAUGAAAACUCGGUUUCAUUCGAGAAGCCCAAGCUACAAGAUUAUCUCCGUGCCGAAGUUGGUCAUCACGCCGGUCCGAAGGUCGAUCGCUUCGCCUGCGAGCAAAAACGGCAGCCGCUCGUUGAGAGCGUCGUCGUGCUCCGAGUACCCGCCCGAGUCCUCGGAAACUAACUAUUCCCAGCGCUCGAGAAGUCAUUCGGCUAGCGAAAUCGAGUCUAAUGCGUCGGCAGGUGCCAAUAACUCUACCAAGCUGAUCAACUCGAGCAGACUUCGAAAUACGACGAGGGCCUACUAUUUCAUCACCAACCGAAAGUCUACUCUUCACAGGAAUUCCCCCAAAGGACAGUCGGCGAUUUCCAAAAGAAGAUCGGUUGGCGUAGCGGCUAAAUCGAAAUCGCCAAUAAAGCCGGUGCGCGAGUUGCGGAAAGUCUUCAGUCCAUCGUCCAAGCCCACUGUUAUCAAUCAAACGAAGUCUAUAAGAAGCAAACUAAUUUAAGAAAGCACGAGUACUUUGAAUAUAUAGUUUAUUAGUGUAAGAAAGUGUGUACCGUUUCGACUUUUGUGAUUUUUUGAGAAUAUAAAUAAGCACGACUAUAAAAAGUCUUUAUUGAAAAUUGUUACUCUUUAGCCGUGUUCAAAUUGAAAAAAGUUUCGUUGUUUCGCUUGAAACGUCAUUUAUUUUUUCUUAUAUACGCGCGUCGCUACAUAAUACAAAAGGCUGCGCAGUUCUGACCUCGUCGGGCCUUUGAUGCGAGCUGAAAGAAAGCUGGCGCGGCUGAGAGCUGCAACAGGUCAUGAAAAUUUCAAACUCGACACACACACACACACUGUGAAACUUUAUAAAGAAGUUAUGCGAGGUGGAAAUUUAAGCGCAGAAGGGGGAGAUGCAAGUGCAGGGCAUGCAUCAAUUACGCUCGCACGCGAGCGGCGCGCCAUACGUUUUUCACCGCUCUCGGCCGUAAUCAAAGCAAUUAAAAUUCAUAAUGAUACAGCGCUGCUCGUAUCGAUCCAGCCUCGAGAGCGUGAACAACUUUUUAAAAAGCGCGCCAAGCUUUUCUCGACAUACGAAAGACGCUCUUGAAGAAAAGGAGCCAGCCUCCGAAUCUCAAAAAACUUAUCCAGCAGCAGCAGCAGCAGCCGAAAGCGCAGUGGGUAUAAGCAGAGCUGGAGCAGUGAAAAAAAGGCCACCUGCACAUCCUCUCGCUCUCUCCCUCAGCGACAAAGUCGAUCGAGCUCGAGCCACUCAGCGCAACCCCCCACGGCUGCACGUGUUAUAUAUACGCGCGAGGACGGAAUAAGAUCAGCCGCGCAGCCGCACAGGGAGUUUGGUGGAUUUCGCGCGAGGCACCCCCCGAGACCGUAGUGCGCGUAGUGUCGCCCGAGAACUCAUACCUCGCUGCUGCUGCUGCUGCGCUUUGCUGUAGUGGAUAGUGCCAGUGUAGCAGUAGCGGAGCUGUCCGAGUGCACACGCAUAAACAAGCGCACGUAAGCUAGAUCGGAGCUGCAGCUUGAGCACACAGGCGAGAAUAUCGCGAGGCGCAGAAGAAAGCUCGAGCUCGAGUUUACGGAGGGCUCGGGCGAGUAAAGUUGGCCGCUGCAGCCUUGACCCAGUGAGCCGAGGGGGCCGCGAGCUUUUCUACACAGUACAUGCACAGUGGCGCGCAUCAUCCCUCGCUCCCUCUGGCCGUGCAGCCAACUCGCGCGAGCGAGCCGUCUCGUCGCGACUAGCUCUGUCUGUCGAGCGACGCCGAGAUAAUGAGGGAAGGCACGAAGAGCCUGGCUGCGAUGACGACGACGACAACUACGGCGGCGACGAGCUAAAUAACGGAGUCGCGCCAGCGAGAGGUGAGGAUCUCAGUAGAGAUCGGUCAUGGUAACGGCGAUGAGCGGCGAGAAGUCGAGCCAGGCGCCUGCGGCAGCCGGGGCCUCGAGCAGCGAUAGGGACCGCCAGCAGGAUGACGGGGACAUCCAGAAGCUCGCCACCUGCAACAACAAUGGAGACAAUCAGACUGAGAAGAAGCAGCAGCUGCCGGCCUCGCUUGCCUUCACCGCACAGGCCCACCCGGCGACCCUCACGGCGCCGGUCGCCCAGGAUUCGCCCAACUAUCUCACCUACAAGAAGAUGGAAUCGAUAAUCGAGAGAAUGCUGGACGAGGAGUCGGGGGUGCCAGUCAAGACGGUCAAGACCUUCAUGACCAAGAUCCCGUCCAUUUUCACCGGCACGGACCUCAUCACGUGGAUGAUGAGGAACAUGGACGUCGACGAUCAAGAGGCGCUACACGUCGCACAGCUGAUGGCGGCGCACGGCUACUUCUUCCCGAUCGACGAUCACAGUCUCGCCGUGAAGAACGACAAUACCUUCUAUCGCUUCCAGACGCCGUACUUCUGGCCGUCGAACUGCUGGGAACCCGAGAAUACCGAUUACGCGGUCUACCUGUGCAAGCGCACGAUGCAGCACAAGACGCGGCUCGAGCUUGCGGACUACGAGUCGGACUACCUGGCCCGGCUGCAGAAGCUCUUCUCGAGAAAGUGGGAGUUCAUCUUCAUGCAGGCCGAGGCGCAGAACAAGGUCGACAAGAAGAGGGACAAACUCGAGCGCAAGGUCCUCGACAGCCAGGAACGAGCUUUCUGGGAUGUUCACCGUCCGAUGCCCGGCUGCGUCAAUACCACGGAACUGGACAUCAAGAAGGUAUGCCGCAACGCGGGCAAGUCGAUACCGGCGUUCGCGGCGACGCAGCCAUCGGCUAAUCGCCGACCCAACCAGCAGAUCCACCGCAGCGCAGGCGAGCUCAAACGGGAGAUCGAACUGCUCAAACAGAGAUUGGAUAGGCGCAUCAUCAAGGUCUCCAAAGUCGCCGACGCGUUGAUCGGCUACUUUGAGCAGUACGCGGAGUACGACCCGUUUUUCACGCUGCCCGAGUAUCCGAAUCCCUGGGUGUCGGAUAAUCUCGAGAUGUGGGAGCAGGACAAAUUACCGAGAGAGGUCUCGGCGAGGCGGGUGAAGAGAUGGGCUUUCAGUCUCCAGGAACUCUUGGCGGAUCCCGUUGGCAGGGAUCAGUUCAUUCGUUUUCUCGACAAGGAGUUCAGCGGGGAAAACCUCAAAUUCUGGGAAGCGGUGCACCAUCUCAAAACGUUACCUCAGAAGGAAGUGCGCGAGCAGGUGACGGAGAUCUGGAACGAAUUCCUGAGUCCCGACGCCAGCUGUCCCAUCAACGUCGACUCGCGCUCCUACGAGGCGACCAAGAAGAAUCUCGAGAAGCCCGAUCAAUGGUCCUACGACGUCGCAGCGGCGCACGUGUAUCACCUGAUGAAGAGCGACUCGUACUCGCGCUACCUGCGCUCCGACCUGUACAAAGACUUCCUCAACGUCUCGAAAAAGAAGACCUCCGUCAAAGGGAUCCGAUCGAUCGUCUCGUUCACAGCCCGCAAAGACACGCAGGCUGUCUAGGGGGAAGGACGAUCACGGAAAGGACGACGAAAGAGGCCGGAAGUCGAUGAAGAAGAAGAAAUUCGAGGAACCAAGCGCUGUGGCUCGUUUGCCGAAACAAGGAACUUCAAGGGGCGACAUUUCUUUCUCAUUUCCGACACGCACAUCAGGCAUCCCCAGUCCACACACACACACACACGCCCGCUGGAAUUUCGCAUUACCUAUAAUUACUAUCGUAUUAUUAUAUGACAUAUAAAAACUGCCAACUGUACCGUGCAGCAGCAUAUCGCAACAAUAUAGAAAAACAAACAAACAAACAAAGAGAAUAACAGUAAGAACAACAAACAAGAGGAACAGCAGCAAGAGCACUUGCGAACGAACGAGUAUCGAGUUUGAUGUCAAUUUAUGAGAACAACUUUUUGCGCCACAAUACAAGGCACAAUCGUAUAUACAUACAUAUAUUUUCCCUAGCAUGUACAACUGGAAAGGAAGAACAGAUAAGAGAACGGAUCUAUAUAGAUGCGGCGACGCGAGUCAUCGCCGCGUACGCCCUUAUUUUUUCAGUGUCCCUUUGUUUCGAAGGAAUUGACGUUUCCAGGGGGAGAAACGAUUGACGAGCACAAUACGAUGUUCUAUUAGAGAUCUCAACUUAUUCAAUUAACUAUAAAUAUAUAUGCUAUAUUGUUUGCGGAAACUUAGAUCAGAGUGUGUAGAUCGUCGAAUUGGAAUUUCUGUAUUCGGAUCGUGUAUAUUAGCAAUAUUAAUUUUAACUCAUUAGCGGUGAUACUGUUAAAAAUUGUUGAUUUUAUUUGUUUUAUGAAAGGAAAAAAAACGUAAUGGUGAAAAUAAAAAUGAACUUAUAUUUUC